AUGGCACCCCGAGGAUUUAUCAAUCCGACUCCCAAGACCGAGUCUGCACGCUCUGCCUUGAGCUCUUUUACCUGCACCCUUUGCAAUAAGUCCUAUUCCCGCCAUCCAGAAUACGAGGCGCAUAUCUCUUCAUAUGACCAUCAGCAUCGCAAACGUCUCCAGGACCUGAAACAGUUGUCGCGAGACCCAAAUGCCGCCGAGAAGGCAAGGCGAGCAGAGAAAAAAGUCGAUGCAGAGGCUGGCCUAAGGGUAAUCGAUACUAAUAGGGAUGGGGCAUCCCUAGGGACAGGAACGGUGGGUGGCGGAGGCGGCGGCGUCAGCAGUGCCGGAGGCUUCAAGAAAGGCGGGUUCAAAAGCUCCUUUACAGCCGUCAAGGGCCCCGUAGCACCCACAGCACCGACUAGGAAAAAUGUGCUUGGGGAUGACGACGACGACGACGACGACGACGAACAUCCAGACCUUGCCGAAACAGGCGAACGAGCUGAGGCUCAAUCGCCUGGUCCCGCUGGCGGUAUUCGGCACGAGUCUGCAGAAAGUGACACGGACGAAGAGAUUAUGCAUAACAAGGUGGGCGGUGACUACUACGACCCCCGAAGACCGACCGAUUGUUGGCCCGAGUGUGUCGGUGCUAGAACUGUCGAGGCUACCUCUCCAUUGCAAUAA